GUCGGAGAGCUGUCAGUGAGUGUGGGACUAAUGGGGAGCCGAUAGGACAGAAAGGCUAAGAGAGAGUCUUGGCUUUGUUAUUUGCUAAUUCAGUGGCUUUGGGAAGUUUCACAACCCUUCGGUUAUCCAUUCCCUUGUGUUUUAGACUAGGCCUAGCUUGUGGCUUGGCAUGUCAAUAGUAACAGUGCAGCUUGGGCAGUGCGGCAACCAGAUUGGCUUUGAAGUGUUUGAUGCUUUAUUUAGAGACUCACACUGUUCCCAGGGACUCUGCUCUAAGAGAGAAAAUGAGGCAUAUCAAGCAUCUUGCAAAGAAAGGUUUUUCAGAGAAGAAGAAAGUGGAGUUCCAGUUGCCCGGGCUGUUCUUGUUGACAUGGAACCUAAAGUUAUCAAUCAAACACUAUCAAAAGCUGGCCAGUCUGGCCGAUGGAAAUAUGGUCAGCAUGCAUGCUUUUGUCAGAGACAAGGGUCUGGGAACAACUGGGCAUAUGGUUACUCUGUACAUGGACCGAAGCAUGAAGAAUCUAUAAUGAACUUAAUCCAAAAGGAGGUGGAAAAAUGUGACUCUUUGAGUGGAUUUUUCAUCAUAAUGAGUAUGGCUGGAGGAACAGGAUCCGGGCUGGGAGCCUUCAUUACACAGAAGUUACAAGAUCAGUACUCCAGUUCAUUGAAAAUGAAUCAGAUUAUAUGGCCUUACGGAACUGGUGAGGUUAUCGUGCAGAACUAUAACUCCAUCUUGACUCUCUCUCACUUGUACCGGUCUUCAGAUGCACUCCUCAUUCAUGAAAAUGAUGCUGUCCACAAGAUCUGUGCCAAACAGAUGAACAUCAAGCAGAUCUCCUUCAGAGAUUUAAAUCAGGUUCUUGCCCAUCAGCUGGGCAGUGUGUUCCAGCCUACAUACUCUGAGGACGGCUCAUUUCCCUACCGCAGGGAUCCACUAGGAGACUUAAUGGAGCAUUUAGUCCCUCACCCUGAAUUUAAAAUGCUGGGUGUCCGUAAUAUCCCACAGAUGUCUGAGAACUCUUUGGCAUACAGCACAUUCACCUGGGCUGGCCUCCUCAAGCAUUUGAGACAGAUGCUUAUUUCCGGUGCAAAAAUGGAAGAAGGUAUCAACUGGCAGGUGCGGCCUCCUCUCUCAGGCCUUCCACCUCUUGGCAAGAUGUCUGUCCACAAGGAUCUUCAUUUGAACACUUCUGUCGCUAACUUGGUCAUUCUCCGUGGGAAAGACGUGCAGAGUGCAGAUGUGGAGGGGUUUAAAGACCCAGCUCUCUACACUUCCUGGUUGGAGCCUGUUCAUGCUUUUAGCAUGUGGAAAACCCAACGAGCCUUUGACAAGUAUGAGAAGUCUGCAGCGCUGGUCAGCAAUAGUCAGCUCUUAGUAAAGCCGCUUGACAUGAUCGUGGGCAAGGCAUGGAAUAUGUUUGCUUCCAAAGCCUACAUUCAUCAGUACACAAGAUUUGGAAUGGAGGAAGAAGACUUUUUGGACAGUUUUACAUUGUUAGAACAAGUCGUUGCCAGUUACGGUAGCCUCGGACCCUAAACUAAGAGGAAAAACACCACACAGGACUUUCAGACUAAAAUAUUUUCAAAAUUGAGCCAUGCACAGUGGAAGACACUUGUGAUCCCAGCACCCUGAAAGUAGAAGCAGGAGAAUCAGGAGGUCAUCCUUGGCUACAUCAAGAGUUCUGGGCCAAG